UACUCAGACGCUUUAUUACCAGGUUGGAGUCAUCAUCAACUACCAAGUGUUUUAAAACAUGCUAUUCAUACACUUUCUUUUGAUAAGCCUACCCCAGUACAAGAUGCUACUUUACCAAUCUCAUUAUCCUCAACUCCAUCUCGCGAUUUAGUGGCAAUAGCCGAAACUGGAUCUGGUAAAACCUUGGCUUAUGCGAUCCCGAUCAUCAAUUCACUUCUAGAUUCUUUAAAGCUUCCAACCUCACCUGAUUGUCCAGAUGAUUUACCCAUCAAAGCAUUAAUUUUAACACCUACACGUGAAUUAUGUCUACAAGUGAAAUCUCAUAUCGAUUCAUUUGUUUUAGCCAUGUGUACACCAACUGGAGAUACAGGAAAAGAAAAACCAAAGAAUCGAUCCGGAAUCUCAACUAUAGCUGUUUGUGGUGGGAUUGCAGCUGCUAAACAACGUAAACAACUCGAACGUAGUCAAAGAUUAUAUAACUCUGAAAGAGCUGGUAAAGGAUCGAUUCUUGUAGCUACUCCUGGUAGAUUGUGGGAUUUGAUUCAAAGUUGGGAUGCAUUAGCUAACGGGAUUCGGAGAAGGUUAGAUUGGCUUGUGGUAGAUGAAGCAGAUAAGAUGGUAGAAAAAGGACAUUUCGCUGAAGUAGAAAAAAUUCUUAAACUCAUUCAACGUCCUUCUAAAACUCUUGAGAAUAGUAACUGGGCUGAUGAUUGGGGUAAAGAUCAAAAAGUGGUAGUUAAAGAAGAUGUUCGAACUAUGAUCUUUUCGGCUACUAUGGAUAAACAUUUACAAAUCAAUUUGAAGAAGAAUUGGAGACAAAGUAGAGCUCAAAGAGAUAGAGUUGCGGCUACAAAGGAUCCUUUAGAAGAUUUACUAGAACGAAUUGAUUUUAGAGAUGAGGAACCUGAAGUGAUUGAUUUAUCACCUAAAGGACGUGUCGCGGUUGGAUUAAAGGAAUGUAAGAUUGAGUGUGUCCUCAAAGAUAAGGAUCUCUAUCUUUUUCAUUUUCUUCUAAGAUAUCCAGGUCGAAGUUUAGUAUUCUUAUCAUCAAUCUCAGCACUCCGAAGAUUAGCACCCAUAGUCACCCUUCUAUUUCCAAAGUCAACAGUUUUAACAUUACAUUCAGCAAUGCAACAACGUGCAAGACUUAAAUCACUUGAUAAAUUUAAAUCUUCACCUAAGACGAUUUUACUUUCUACUGAUGUGGCUGCUAGAGGUUUAGAUAUCCCUUUAGUAGAUCAUGUGAUUCAUUAUCAAGUUCCUCGUACGGUAGAUUGUUAUGUCCAUCGGUCCGGAAGAACUGCAAGAGCGGGUAGGGAUGGAGUUGCUUUGGUUUUGAUUGCACCUGAUGAAGUUAAGGUUUGGCGUGGUUUGAUGAGAAGUUUAAACAGAGUUGAUAAUUUACCUUCUCCACCUAUUGAACAUUCGAUUUCUAAUAAAUUGAAAGAAUUGGUCACUUUAGCUAGUAAGAUUGAUGAACUUGAACAUAGAUCAACUAAGAAAUCAGCCGAUGCGAAUUGGGCCAAGAAAACAGCUGAAUUACUUGAUAUUGAGGACGAUGAUGGACAAUAUGAGUAA